UGCCACUCCUCAGUCCUCUACCACCUCUAUAUAUACCUCUCCAAUCAGUAAUUUCUUCAUCCCAUUCAUAGUUGAAGCUUUCUCCCUUCGAUUUGCCAUUCCCCUCAACCUAGCUUCCACAGGCUAUUUUUCUUUGGAUUGCAAUGGCCACUGUUGAGGUUGUAUCAGCAACAACCGCAUUGCCAGAGAGUCAAGAUACAAACGAGGAAUUGAACAAGACUCAAGAAGCUACCACCGAAGAAGUGACAGCAGCAACACCUAUAUCGUCAGAAGCAGUGGCAGAAGAACCGAGUAAAACAGAGGAACCGGCUGCUCCAGAACCAAAAGUUGAAGCUCCUGCUGAGGUUGAGGCUAAAGAAGCAGUAGUAGAAGCAAAGAUCGAAGCUGAAGAGCCAAUAAUAGAGAAGACAAAAGAAGAGACUGAGGAGGUGACACCAGAGCCAGAUGUAGAGAAAACUGAAGAAGAGACUCAGGAGGUCACACCAGAGCCAGUAGCCGAGAAGGUAGAAGAAGAAACUAAAGCAGCAGCACCGGAACCAGUUGUGGAGGAGACCCCGGAAACUACAGAUUCCAGCGAAGCACCAGCUGCCCCAAAAGAGGAAAUCCCUGAAGCAGAAGAGGAGAAACCAGCGGAAGUGUGAUUGCAUGAGUGGGGUCUCUUCUCUCCUGGGCUGGGCUGCAUGUCGAAAUUCCAAUGUUGGGUUUAGGGUUAAAGAAUAAGUAUAUGAAUUGUGAUGAGAUGGAUGGGCUUGAAAUCUAGUAAUAGGAAUAAGCCCGUUGGACCCACAAAGCCCACCUUCAACGUGGUAAGUACAUACAAAUUAAAAAAAGAAAUGUAAGACAAUCUCCAAAUCCUAAUUGGAGGGUGAGUACACAUGAGGGUGGGUGGGUUGGUUUCCGGGCCCUGGUGGAUGAAAUUGCGUUUUGGUGUAGUAGUGUUGUGGUGGUGCAUUAGAAGUCUAUGAAGGAUUUCACUUAGGGUUGCAAAAUAAUUAAAUAUCAAUAGUUAAUAAAUCAUGGUUUCAUUAAUUAAAAUUCUUCAUCUUGUAUCAAUUCAUUUUGUCAUUUGUGCAAAGAGCCUUGCAGACUUUACAGUUGAAA